CAACCCAACCCAAAUUAAAAAUAAAAUAAGAGAGAAAGUUCGUUUUCGAGACGUUAUCGGACUCCAAAUCUAAAUUCCACCGGAUUUUAGGAACCCGGUUGACGUCCGGUCUUAGGGUUUUCACAGUAAAAUUUAACUCUAAUUUUUCAAAAUUGAACACUUUCACUUACUCUAAUCUUCAAUUUUCUCGGGUCUUUUGUUUAUCUGGAAAUUGAUUGAAGUGAGAGGCACUCAAUUUGUUGGAAGUUUUCUUUUAAUUUUUUUUAGAGUUUUUUGCUUAUGACGUUAACUUUGGGAUCUAUAGAUUUGCGGAGCGUGUAACUAUGUUUACGCCACAAAGGAAAGUGUGGUCCGGGUGGUCUCUCACGCCGCGGAGUGAUAAAACCGGGUCUGGGUCGAACCCGAAUGGGGUAAAUAAUAUGAACGCUGGAGAUGGCAGUGUUUUGAAGGGAAAGACUGUGGCCUUUGCUGAACCAGUGACUCCUAAUGGGGUGGGAACUGUAUUCGACAGUGGUGAUGAUAUUGGAUUGGUCGAGAAAAUUUCGAAGCUUGAAAAUGAGCUGUUCGACUAUCAGUACAAUAUGGGGCUUCUCUUGAUUGAGAAGAAAGAGUGGUCUUCUAAGUAUGAAGAACUUAAGCAAGCAAUUACAGAAGUUACAGAUCUGUUGAAGCGAGAACAAGCAGCACACUUAAUUGCUAUAUCUGAUGCUGAGAGGCGAGAGGAGAAUUUGAGGAAGGUGCUGGGUGUGGAGAAACAGUGCGUGCUUGAUCUGGAGAAAGCAGUACGUGAGAUGCGAUCUGAAAAUGCUGAGCUUAAAUUUACUGCUGAUUCAAAGUUGGCAGAAGCAAAUGCAUUGAUCAUUAGCGUUGAAGAAAAGUCUCUCGAGGUGGAGUCAAAACUACGUGCUGCUGAUGCCAAGCUUGCUGAAGUGAGUAGAAAAAGUUCAGAGCUUGAUAGGAAAUCACAGGAGGUGGAAUCUCGAGAAAGUGCUCUUCGUAGGGAGCGCAUGUCCUUCAUUCAAGAGAAAGAAGCACAUGAUUCUGCUUUUUCCAGGCAAAGGGAGGACUUGAGAGAAUGGGAAAGGAAAUUACAAGAGGGAGAAGAAAGGUUAUCUAAAGGUCAAAGGAUAAUAAAUCAAAGAGAGGAGAGGGCAAACGAUAAUGAUAGGAUCUUUAAGCAAAAAGAGAAAGACCUUGAAGAGAUGCAAAAGAAGAUUGAUGAAGCAAAUACAACCUUGAAAAAGAAAGAAGAUGACAUGAGCAUCCGGCUGGCUAAUCUGACUCUUAAAGAGAAGGAAUUUGACACUGUAAGAAGGAAAUUAGAGAUGAAAGAGGAAGAGUUACAUGUACUAGAAGAAAAGCUGAAUUCUAGAGAAAAAGUUGAGAUUCAGAAGCUCAUUGAUGAUCACAAUGCUAUUUUGGAAGGUAAGAAGCAUGAGUUUGAAGUGGAAGCUGCCCAAAAGAGGAAAUCUCUUGACGAGGAACUGAAAAACAAGGUGAAAGAAGUAGAAAAGAAAGAAGCUGAAGUCAAACAUAUGGAUGAGAAAUUUGUAAAAAGAGAACAGGCAUUGGAUAAAAGAUCAGAUAAACUUAAGGAGAAGGAGAAGGAGUUUGAGGAAAAAUCCAAAGCUUUGAAGGAAAGAGAGAAGACCAUCAAAUCUGAGGAAAAGAGCUUGGACAAUGAGAAACAGCAAUUAAAUUCUGAGAAAGAAGAUCUUUUGACUCUUAAGGCUGAACUUGAGAAGAUAAAAGCUGCAAAUGAAGACCAGCUACUGAAGAUUCACGAAGAGAAGGAUCAGCUCAAAGUAAUUGAAGAAGAGAGGGUUGAGUAUGUCCAUUUGCAAUCUGAACUGAAAGAAGAGAGAGAAAAGUGCAGGCUUCAGGAACAACUCUUUCUGAAGGAGGUUGAAGAUUUAAAGAUGCAAAAAGAGAAUUUUGAGAGGGAAUGGGAAGAUCUCGAUGAGAAAAGGGCUGAGAUUGAGAAAGAGUUGAAGAGGAUUUUGGAACAGAAGGAAAAGUUUGAAAAGCAAAGAAUCUUGGAAGAAGAAAGAAUAAGGAAUGAAAAACAAGCUGUGGACGACUAUGUGAAAAGUGAGAGGGAAGCUCUUGAACUUGCCAAAGAAUCUUUUAAGGCUGAUAUGGAGCAUGAACGCUCUGCACUAGCUGAGAAAACUCUUAGUGAGAGACAACAGGUGCUGCAUGAAUUUGAGCUGAAAUUGAGUGAACUUGAGAAUGAUAUGCAAAAAAGACAGGAGGAAAUGGAAAAGGUGUUGCAAGAAAAGGAGAAAUUGUUUGAGGAAGAGAAGGAAGGAGAAUUGAGGAACAUUAAUUUCUUAAGAGAUCUAGCUAAAAGAGAAAUGGAGGAGAUGAAAUUAGAAAGAAUUAGAUUAGAAAAGGAAAGGCAAGAAAUUGAGGGAAAUCAAAAGCAUCUCCAAGAGCAACAACUCGAAAUGCGAGUUGAUAUCAAUAACCUUGAUGGUCUAAGCAAGAAAUUGAAGGAUCACAGGGAACAAUUUAUUAAAGAAAAAGAGCGCUUUAUUGUAUUUGUUGAACAACACAAGAGUUGCAAGAAUUGUGGCGAAAUAACCUCCGAGUUUGUGCUUUCUGAUUUAAUAUCUUCACAAGAUAUUGAAAAUGCAGAUAUCCUUCGCGACAAAGGACAGGUUACUGAUAUAGCUACUGGACAUGAUACUUAUAAUACGGCUGCUAUUUCGGUGCAAGAGACUGAUAUGUCUCCAGAUGCAUCUCGUUCAGUAUCCCCGGUAUCCUGGCUCCGCAAAUGCACAUCGAAGAUUUUUAGGUUUUCUCCAGGCAAUAAGAUGGAUUCUGCUGCUGUACAAAAUUUGGAUGCUCCUUUUUCCUCUGGAAACAUGGCAGAACCAUCAAAAAGAUUAGAUUUUAUGACACAUGAACCGGAGUUGUCUUUUGGAAAUGGAAAUGAAAUAGUGGAUGUCCAGAGGAUACAAUUGGAUUCUAGCAUCAGAGAGGCUGAAGCUGGACAGGAUGACCAGAGCACCAUCAACAGUCAGGCACCAGAAUCUCAUGAAGGAAUACAGCCUUCUGAUGUGCAGCCGUCUCGUCAGACUCAAAAGAGAGGUAGGCCCAGAAUUACUAGGACACGCUCGGUAAAGGCAGUUGUGCAGGAUGCAAAGGCUAUACUUGGGGAAUCCUUGGACCUAAUUGAUGAUACAGAAGAUUCUAGCCAUCUGAAGGCUGAAAGCCGUGAUGAGUCCAGUCUUGUAGAUAAGCAAAUUUCAAGAAAUGCACGGAAGCGGAGAAAUACUCGCACUUCUCAAAAUACAGUUAGUGAGCGUGAUGCUGAUGAGAAUGAGGGACAUUCUGAUAGUAUCACAACUGGGAAACGCAGGAAGAGGCAACCAAAAGUUACUGCUGGGCGACCUCCAGCGGAAAACCGAUAUAAUCUUCGACGUCCUAAAGUUGGGGUCACAGUUGUAAAUGCCAAAACCUUGUCUGUUGCCGACUCGGAAGAUAAGGAGGAUGAUGGUUUAAAGGGUCCAAGUGUAAUCGGUAUUGCUAGUGAAAAUGGCGGAAGUACACACUUUGAACAGUUGGAGUUGGUCUCGUACACUGGGGAUGGUGAUGCUGAUACAGCAAGAAACUUGGUUGAAAAUGCCACAUUGAGUGAGGAGGUAAAUGGCACCCCUGAAGAGGCUGGGGACUCGGCGGUUGCAGAUGACGACGAAGAUGAUGAAGAUGAAGAAUCUGAAUCUGAGCAUCCGGGCGAAGCUUCAAUAAAAAAGAAGCUCUGGACUUUCUUCACAACGUAAUCAUGAGGAAAUUAGCUUUGAUGGUUUAUUGAUUGUUUCAAAUAUUAUUUGUAGGAAUGGUGUUAGGAUGUCAUGGAUGUGUAGUAGCAGUGUGUAUUAUUAACUAAUCAAAUGUAGUGAUGACUUGGUCCAAGGUGGGGGGGUUCUUGUUUUCUGCACCCUCUGGUUCUUUGGUUAGGUUCUUAGGAUUUUCAUUUUUGCAUUAUUCUGGAUCUAGCUAGGUGAUUUGAUGUAGCAAUGGCCAGUGCAUAUUUUACGCUGGAAACUAGAUUCCACAUAAUUCCAAUUGUUUGUAUCUUUCUCCUUC